AUGUCGUCCUCCAAUGAGGUAUUGCGCGGCCUCCUGCAAGCCACGGCUCCCUCAACAUCAAGAAGUCGAUCCGAAGACGAUCACUCACCGAUCAAAGCCAACGAUGAACGAACGCCUUUACUCACCGCCGUUGCUUCUGCACCACUCGCUGAAGCAGGAGAGGCUGAAGUCUCCGCCAAUGCAGCUCACCAUGGAGCGGAGUCAGAUGAGGCCAAGAGCUUGGACAUGACGCAAAUUAUUCUGUUGUGCUACACCCGUGUGGUCGAACCAAUAGCAUUCUUCUCGAUCUUUCCAUAUAUCAAUUAUAUGAUCGAGAAGACGGGCGGUAUCCCCAAGGAUUCUGUUGGAUUCUAUUCAGGGUUAAUUGAGAGCUUGUUUUCCUUGACGCAGAUGUUCGUCAUGAUGUUUUGGGGAAUCGCUGCCGAUCGAUUUGGAAGAAAACCAGUCCUUGCCCUGUCUCUGUAUGGAGUUGCUUUCUGCACUGCACUCUUCGGUCUCAGUCAGUCGCUAUGGCAGAUGGUACUUUUCCGUUGCUUGGCUGGCAUGUUUGCCGGCACAGUAGUCACGGUCCGUGCAAUGCUCACAGAGAAUAGCACCAAGGCCACCCAAGCUCGUGUUUUCAGCUACUUUGCAUUUGCAGGUAACAUAGGCAUCUUUGUGGGGCCUCUGAUCGGUGGUGCUUUGGAACGGCCCGCUGUAAAAUUUCCAUCGGUAUUUGGACACGUGCAGUUCUUUAACGACUACCCAUAUGCGCUCCCCGGAUUCGUCUGCUCAUUUGUUGGACUAAGCGCUGCUGUGCUUGUGACGUUCAAUGUCAAAGAGACAUUGCAUAUUCAUCAAAGCAAAAAGACAUCAGCAGGGCCCGCUAUGACGACGUGGGAAUUGCUCCAGUACCCUGGCGUUGCUCGUGUCAUGCUUAUCUACAACUACUGCAUGCUUCUGGCUUUCGCUUUCACUGCUGCUUUCCCCGUCUUCAUGUACACUCCUGUUCACCUGGGCGGGCUGGAGCUGUCUCCCGAGUGGCAAUCUAUUUUUAUGGCACUGGGAGGGUUAUCGCAGGCGUUCUGGCUACUUCUCCUGUUCCCAUCACUCCACAAGCGCAUCGGAACUGGCGGUGUCCUCCGAUUCAGUGCCAUCAUCUGGCCCAUCUUCUUCACAACGGACCCGAUCUGCAACAUCUUCCUCCGUCACGGACUGAAGAUUCCCUUCUGGGUUCUUUUUCCAUUCAAUAACAUCUUCGGUAGUUCUGUCGCGAUGGCCUUCACUGGGGUACAACUUGCGCUCAACGACAUCUCUCCUUCGCAUGAGAGUUUCGGUACGCUGAAUGCACUUGUACUGGCUCUGCAGUCUGGGAUCCGAGCAAUCAUUCCCGCCGCAUCUACGACUCUGUACGCCAUUGGAGUCAAGCACCAUAUUCUUCUGGGGCAGCUCUUCUGGGUCGUUAUUGUUCCGGUGGCCAUUGGCUUCAAUUUCAUGCUUAUGCUAUUGCCAGAGAAAGCUGAAGGCAGGCCAAAGCCCUCUCAACAGGAAGAUGAAGAGACCAUUGUUCGAUAA